GUUAACAUGACUGAUCUUUGUAUUUACGGUGUGGUUUUGCAAGGGAUUAUAUAUUGGCUCUUGUAAAAGAAUAAAAGAAGCCAUAUCCUACUGAAAAAAAGAUGAUGAAGAAGAAAAAGAACCAGUAUUGAAUGACUGAGUCUCAGUUGACUCCCUCCCGCGACCCUCGUGUGUAAACAACGAAAGUUGUCCCUCCUCCUCCACCGCCACCGUCACCUCCUGGUAUCGCGAAGCCCUCCGGAUCAGGUCGUCCUCGAAGAUGGGGUGGUUAUUCGGCGGCGGCUCCGAGGACACGAAGGACUCCUCCUCCAGCAGUAGCAGCUACAGCUCAGGAUACUCUUCGGGGAGUGAUUACUCGUCCUCCAGCUUCGACACCGGUUCCUCCUCCUCCUCCUCCUACGCCGACUCCUUCGGCUCGUCUAGUUUGGGCGGUGGUUUAGACAGCAGUAGUGAUUUAGGAGGCGUAGAGACCGGUGAUUCCGAGUUGAAGUCUUUUCUUAUGCUAGAACAACAAAAAGCUCAGAUGCAAACCAUGAUUCAUAAGAUGAACGACAUCUGCUGGGAGACUUGCAUGGGAACUCCAGGCAGCAAGCUAGAUUCUAGAACAGAAACCUGCAUUUCCAAUUGUGUGGAUCGCUUUAUUGAUUCUACCCUGUUUAUAACAAAUAGAUUUGCACAGCUCCUUUCUAAGCAAGGUGGCAUGAUGUAAACCUGAGUUUAGAUAUAUUUGAGCUUUGUAUAAAGAUUGUUUUGCAAAUAUCAAAGAGUAGAGUGUACAGUGUUGUGGAUUGUAUUUAAGAAAACAGUUUGCAUCAAUAUUUUGUGCCUAAGACGAUGAUGGAUGUUUAUGGAAACUGGAAACCCUCUUACGAUGACUUCUGCCUUGCCACCAGUUAUGGUGGACAAACUGAAUGUGAAUUAGCUGUUGGAAAUGAAUGAAAAAAUGGUUAGUCCUUCUUGUUGUCCUUAACUUGGUAGGUAGAAUAAAUUAUUAGAUAAUGUUAGUACUAACUAGAAAAGUUGACAAGCACUAUGUACCAGUUAUAUAUUUUUUUUUAUCAUUGUCACCUGAAGUUAAAACAUUACGUACUUGGUUUUUUUAUUAGUAUUUUCAGCAUUAUUAUUAUUUUGUUGAAGUGGUGUACAGCACAUCUGCAUUGUUGGUUGGUUUGUUUGAGAUUGGGCUUGUAGGUGCAAUGUUGAGUUUCACUUAGCUAACUUAUUUUUUUUUUAAUUUAUGAAUAUACACUAGUUUUGUAUUAUAUUUGUAUAUAUAUCACAUUAGUUGGCUGUAUCAUAUUUUUUUUGGUGUCGUGACUUGUUACAGCAUUUGGCUGCAAUGGAAAGUAUUUUUACCUUUGUGUCGGAUUUAUGUUAGUGCUUUACCUCUGGAGAAGAAACUACACCAAGUAUCACCAUAAUCCAGUUAUUUUUUUGGUUUCCAUAUACAAGAUCAAAACUGCAGCUUGUUCUAACUGCAUAGGUUGAGUGCACUCUUAAGGAAGGUACCUGUCCAGGGUUUGAGAGCUUUAUGAGUGAUUAACGAACCUGGUAAAAGCCUAGGCAAACAUAAACAUUUAGGAAGCAAAGGUCUCCAGUUCCAAGGAAAUUUAUUUAUUCAGCUUCACAGAGACAUCAGCUGUGCCAUAUCAUAUUAUUGCCUUACCCUCCCCUUACUUGCACCUUUGUGUUCCUCUGCAGAAGUGAUUUACCAACUCUGACUUCUGAUGGAUCUACAAUAGCAACUCCUCAUAACUUAGUGCAUUACCCUGUUUGGUGACAUCUAAAACAUGCCCCCCCCCACCCUUAUUUUCAGAAGGGAAUAUAUUAAGGAGAAUUUGUGUUAACACUGAAGCAUGUAAUGUGUUAAAAAAAUAUAGCUACAGUAUGGGAGAAAGAAGCUGGGUCAAAACAUGCAUCUAGUACAACAGGAAAAUUUAGAAGAGAUGACCAAGGCAGCUUAGGUAUAGCAGAUAACUUUAAGUAACACUCCUCUUUCCUUCUGCCUCUAGUGUAUAACUCUGAUGAUGACAUUAAAUUUUGAGUGCUUACAUUUGCAAAAUGAAAAUUAUAAGUUGAUUAUAGGAAAUCAUUUAAAAGUUUGGUUUUUUACGAAGUAAAUAAAUUUACAGGUUUAGUUCUUUCUUACAUAAAGUUGACAUGUAAGCCUAGUCGAGGUUAGCCUAAGUACAUAUAUGUACCAGUGUUACAUAGUAUAUACAUUUAUCAGUCUGCUUAUGAGCAUAUAUGCACGCGUAUGCAUCAUGUUAUGGUAAACUGAAUAUUUAUUGUGCUUUUGCUCCUUUCUCUCUCUGUCUCUAGUUGGAAUUGUGUAACAAUAAAACUGAAAAAUAUGUAAUGUUUAUUGGUAAUGAAUGAUGAAGUGACAGUUCUGGAUACAUGUGUGUCAUUUUUGAAGGAUCUCUCUCAUACAACCAGCUAAUUCAGAUAACUGGCGACCUUUUCGACUAGGUACAAGUAAUGGUAGUCUGUAGCAUUUGGGUAAACAUUAGCCUACCAGAUACUGUACCUCAGUUACCCUACAGUGCUGAGUAACAUAUUUUACCCAAUUUUUGGGACUGAAAAAGGUGUUAUAUGUCAUCAAAUACAGUAAUCUUGAUGCCAUGAGGUUGGAGAUGUAACUUAUCUUCAAUCUUUAGUAUCCUGAGUUGUAUUGUUUUGUGGUUCUGCUUAGUCUUUUAGUGAUCAUUGGUGAGUAGUCUCAUUGUUGGCAGUGUAAAAUCCAGAAGUAUAAGUUGCAUAGGAUAUUGGCCAUUCCUGUUUUUAUUGGCUCAUCAGAAGUAGACUUGGUUUAGGGAAUUUUGGCUUUGUAAUGGUCUGGAGAAGAACAAUGUAUUUCCAGCUAGGUAACUUCAAAUAACCUCAAAAAUUAAAAAAAAAUGCUAAUCCAGGCAGAAACUGCUUUACGAGUUGCCCCAACCGUCAAUCUUGCUAUCUUGUCUGUAAGUCAUUGACUGACAAAGUGACUGUUGUUCCUCCAGGUAAUUGGUGUGAAAAUUUAGCUAACAUUUUAUAGAAGCACUUCUUCACUCAUUUACAUCUCAUGUGUGGUGUUUAUCAGUUGUAACUGAUGGUGUGGUAUUAGUAAUAGUAAGAGGCUUUGUUGUAUGAAAUAUAAAAAUUGUACUAAAGUUCUUAUUUUGUGGAAAAAAAUUUGUUUGAUUAUAAUUUGAAAUUAGAUGAGAGGUGCAAUAUUUGAGAAAAUAUAGCAUAUGUUUUUUUUC